AAAGAGUUAGAAGAGGAAGAAUUUAGAAAAUCUCAAGGUGUAAAGUAUUGGGAGAAAAAGCAUGACAUCCAGAAGGCUAAGGGUGUUAAGAAAUGCGUGGUCAAAAGGGAGCUUCGACAUGACAAGUUCCUAGAAUUAAAUAAAAUCGGGUUAAAUCCAUAUAAUAAUAAGUGCUGGAUCUUACUUGAUAGGAUUCAAACACUCCCCUAUGAACAUUGGCGAAUUAGACUUUAUAAACGCCUGUUAGCAUCUGAAAUAUCUCCUGAAAAAGCAGAAGAAAGGGCUAUGAAAGCUAAACUUUGUAUCAAGGCAUAG